CGGCGGCGGCGGCGGCGGCGCGGCCGCGGCCGGAGGCGGCGAUGCGGGCGCCCAGCUGAAGUUGCGGCGCUGUCGCUGCUCUCCGCCCGGGGCCGCCGGGCCAUGGCCGUCCGCGGCGGCGGCGGCGGCGGCGGCACCGCCCUGACGCCUUUCUCCAUCCAGGCCAUCCUCAACAAGAAGGAGGAGCGCGCCCGCGGCUGGCGGCUGUGCGCUGCCCGCGCCGAGGCCCCGCCGCCGCCCGCCCCGCGCCCGCCGCCCGCCUGGGACUCGGACUCGGCGCUGAGCGAGGAGCCCGAGAGCGAGCGGCGCUCCGAGGAGGAGAGCGCCGGGGGCAGCGCCCGCCCCCCCGAGGCGGCGGGCAGGGCGGCCGGCGGCGGAGGCGCGGCCCUCGGAGGCGGCGGCGGACGGGACCGGGACCGGGACGGAGCGCGCAGCGACAGCGAAGCGUCGGCCGCCGCCUCAGGUCGCGGCCUGGCCGAGGAGGAGGAGGCGGCGGGCGGGAGGCUGCUGGCGGCCGAGGAGGAGGCGGCGGCGCCGAAGCCGCGCAAGAAGCGCUCCCGCGCCGCCUUCUCCCACGCGCAGGUGUUCGAGCUGGAGCGGCGCUUCAACCACCAGCGCUACCUGUCGGGGCCCGAGCGCGCCGACCUGGCCGCCUCCCUCAAGCUGACCGAGACGCAGGUGAAGAUCUGGUUCCAGAACCGCCGCUACAAAACCAAGCGGCGGCAGAUGGCAGCCGACCUGCUGGCCGCCGCCCCCGCCGCCAAGAAGGUGGCCGUCAAGGUGCUGGUGCGCGACGACCAGAGACAGUACCAGCCCGGCGAGGUGCUGCGGCCGCCCUCGCUGCUCGCCCUGCAGCCCUCCUACUACUACCCCUACUACUGCCUGCCCGGCUGGGCCCUGUCCUGCGCCGCGGCCGCCGGCACGCAGUGAGCGCCCCGACGGCACCGCCCCGACGGCAGCGCCGCGGCGCCCCGGACAGUAUUUAUUGCUAUUUUAUUGUUAUUUUUAUUAUUAAUAUUAUUCGGACGGUCGCUCGGCCUCUCCCUAUCCGCCCCGGCGGCCGAGGACUCGCGGCCGGGCACCGCCUCUCCACGGGAUCCACGCUGCGGUGCGGCGGCCGCGGACCGUCUGUUGGUUUGUCUGCUCCGUCCCGCGUCGGAUCGGCGGAGACUGACGUGGGAGACGCAAAGAGAGAGGGGGGAAAGAAAACACCCAAAGCGCCGCGGAACCGAGCGCAGCUCCGAGGAGACGAGAACGGAUCCCGGGGGGCUCUGAGAGCGCCGUGAGCGGGGCUGAAUGUACGGAGCCUCUCCCACCCCCGGCCGUGUCAGCCCACUGCGAAGGAUAACCGUGUCCCGUAGGGUGAGACCCGCCCCAGCGCUCCAGGCUUCUUCUUCUUCUUCUUCUGUUUUAUUUCCUGAGAUCUUUCCGUGUUCGGGGAGGGAGGAUUCUGGAUUUUUCGCACUUUCCGGUUGUAUUAAAGUUGUUGUUGUUGUUAUUUUUAUAUUCAAUGUGAAUAUUUCUAGGCAGGCUUUAAAAAAAAACAGAAAAGAAAACUCGAUGUAACGGGAAAUGUUAAUGCCAUCAGUGCCUUUUGUGCAGUCGUUCUGCAGCCCUCCUCACAAGUGUAAUUACGGUCUCUUUCCCUCGAGGUAACCCAUCGCUUUGUUUCUUUCUUUCUUUCUUUUUCUCCCUUUAAUGGCACUGUGCACUCAACGACGCUAUCGACUCCAAAUGGAUUGUGAAUGUGUGUAAGCAGCCCGCUGUACUUUUUUUUUUUUUUUUUUUUUUUUAAUUUAUAAACGUUACGUUCCCA